AUGAAAAACGACAACAAAGCGGCGCCGCUUAUCGGGCACCCAGCAUCUGCCCCACACCGACCCGAAGGUGGCCGGGUUCACACUCGCAAUCAGAUGCCACACUUGCCAGACACAGACCCACAGCCCAAAGCCAAAGCCAGAGCCUCACAAUUGUUCUAUUUGGGUCUGGUUCUGGGUCUGCUGUGGGGUCCCGGGGCACUGGCCAAGCGGUAUCUGCGCUGUGAGCUGGCCCGCAAGCUGCUCGACCAGCACGGCUUCGAGCGUAGCCUUCUGUCCAACUGGAUCUGUCUUCUGGAGCACGAGAGCGAACUGGAGACGACCCGCACCACUACGAACCCCAAUGGAUCGCGCAGCCUGGGCCUGUUCCAGAUCAACAGUCGAUACUGCCAGGAGGGCAGACGAGGAGGCAUCUGCAACGUCAAAUGCGAAGAUCUGCUCGAUGAGAAUCUGCGCGAGGCGGCCGUCUGUGCCAGGCGGAUUCAAACCACGGACGGGUUUCGUCAUUGGAAUGGCUGGCAGCGAUACUGCCGCAACACCCAGAACCUUCCCAAUCUGAAGGUCAUCUGUGGCAUCUAGGAAAUGGCCAUAAAAAAGGGGGUUGGUG